AUGGACGAGUCCUUCUUUUAUGCCGUGCUUCGAAUAUCAGUAGCACAAAUCCUCAAAGCCUCUGGCUUCGAUAAGUGCAAACCGCUGACGCUAAAUACAAUGACAGAUAUAUACAUCAAGCACUUUGAGCUCGUUCUCAACAGUGCUAAGAAAUUUGGGCAGGCCCGCACAAGCUGCACGAAUGUUCUAGAGGCCCCUGACUUAGUACAGGCUCUACUAGAUGUUCAAUUGAUUAAGCCACUGACAGGCGAUGGUUUGUUGGAUCCUAAAGAUGUAUCUAAGGAGCCAGAGACUGAGUAUAAUGUCAAGUCUCUAGAAUCGUUCGUGAAAUGGCUACAGUAUAGUGACAACUUCAACCUAGCGAAGAGGUUGAGCGACGUGCCUAAUUCCCAAUUGCGUAACUUGAUGGAGAAGAGAAAGAUCGAUACUUCUGCAGAGACAGACCAGGAGAAAAAGAAACGAAGGUUGCGUGAGCGUCAGGAAUACUACAAUCAACUUAAACUGGGAGAAAACCCUGCGAAUGCACAGUUUGAUGGUAUGGCUGACGACUUAGAAGAGGCCGAGGUUACAGAACACGAUAAGCUCUCAUGGCUUGCGUACUUGGCUGAAAGGGAUGUGAAGUUGGGCCACAACCUUCAAUACGCAAACACUGUACUUCAAGACACCGUGUUGCCCAUUCACAAGAAUAGCAAAUUCCAUCCUUCCAAAGAUGGGGAGGACGCAUAUACCAAGUUUCUUUAUCAUGCUCAUAACAACGUCAGAAACGACCAUGUCAUAUUAAAUAUUCAGGAUGCAGAUGAGAACGAGGCAGACGACGGCGAAACUACGAGGAUCCAGCCAUCUGAAAAGCUAAAAGAUGCCUUGCCGUAUAAUGUCAAGUACCUGGACUCGUUACUUAACGAUGAUCUUCAGCAGUAUAUUGAGUAUGCAGAGAAGUACGGUCUUCCUGCUACACCGGUGUCUGUGGAGUCUCCCAAGCCAAUGGAUGUGGAUGAGCCACAAGAAGAGGCAGUGGCGGAUCCAAAAAAGGAGGAUGCUGACAAGUCUGAUAACAAUGAAGGCGUGACUGAGAACGAAGAAGCGGCACCAAAAACCACAGAAGUUCAGGAGGCUGAAAAAUCACAGGAUGAAGAAGUUCCCAAACCUUCUGAAGCAGGGGAAGAUGCUCCUAAAGCAGAAGUCAAUGAAGAAUCUGACGACAAAAAGGCUGACGAACCUGAAAAGAAAUCAACUGAAGAAGUCCAGGAAGCUCCUUCCAGUGAACCAGGUCCAAGUGAACCGUCUACGAAGCAACUGUCUGAGCCAGAACAGCCCACAGAAUACACAACAGCUGAAGAGCCCACCACCAAAGAGAGCCCAGUGGAAGAAGAGGCAAUGCCAGACGCGGAGGCAGAGACAGCUCCAGAAGCAGAAGUAGAGGCAGAAGCAAAGAAUGAAAGCUGA